AUGUACAGCAGUGGCAACCCAACAAACAUUGCAAAUCCCAUCAAUGAUGCUAGUGUUCAGUUUGAUAUCAAGACAGAGGGCGGAAGGUUGACCUUGUACCAGACAACUCUGUGUGAAAGACUUUCAUGGGAUCAGCUCAAUACUGUUGUUGAUCUUGAUCCCUACGGUUACCUGGAUGCAUAUAACGAAAAGGAUAUCCAAUUGAUAUGCUGCCAGGCUGAUGCAAGUACUUUGUGGCUUGUCCCUGAAGUUGUCCAGAGAAAGUUUGUUCAGUCCCUUAACAAAAGCAUGGAUAUUAAAUUUUCUUGGGUUCUCACCAGGGACAGACCAAAAGGCAAGGAAGCUGUGAAAUAUGAAAGAAGUGUGGAUCCUUCGGAUCUUCCUGAUGCAUCAGAGGUUGAGGAAGUUCUCAAUGGUAGCACCAACAGGUUUAUAGUAAAAAAUGUUUAUCCCAGAUAUUUUCGGGUUACUGGUUCUGGCGAUGUCAGACCUUUCGAACAGGAGGCCAAUGAUGUCAGUGCGGAUCUUGUUCUAAAUCGUGGGAAUUCCGAGUGGUGGUCCUUGUACGAUAACAAUAGGUUCAAUGUCAGUGGAUGUGGAGGAUUGAUAGGGCCUAUGGCCAUUGUUGUAUCAGAGGAAACACCACAGGGUUUUCUUGGCGAAACUCUCAGCAAAUCCAGUAUCUGGGGUCUCUACAUCACAUUUGUGCUAGCAGUUGGUCGGUUUAUCAGACUUCAGUGCUCGGAUUUAAGAAUGAGAAUCCCAUACGAGAAUCUCCCUUCUUGUGACAGGCUGAUUGCCAUCUGCGAGGACAUAUAUGCUGCAAGAGCAGAGGGUGAGCUUGGAGUCGAGGAGGUCCUAUACUGGACGCUGGUUAAGAUUUACAGGUCGCCGCAUAUGUUGCUCGAGUACACGAAGCUUGACUAGACUCAAAAAGCUGACUUUAGGUUCGACUAACAUACAGUUUGAGGAAUUAACUAACAAAUACUGAUUUCUUUUUGGUUCGAAGAAGCUCUCGUGCAGAGUACCAUACCAGACAUUCCCCAAGAUUUCUUUAUUUUGCAGUUGAGUUUGUAGAAGUGUUUUGCUUGUAUUCAACAGCAUUCGAUUUGAGAUACUCACAAUUUAUAUGUACAUAACUUGGAGAGUCAUAAUGUAUAUGCAAAUAUCAGAUCACAUGGAGAGCCAAUUAGUGCCUCCUAGCUGCAUGUAAAAGAUAUUGAUAGCUCUGUAUAUGAUUCUAUGAUUUUCCAGUGUUUC